CCUCCACGAGUUCCGCACUUCACUCGCGGUACUGCCGCGGAGCAGUCAAGUUCACGUAGUACCAGUGUUAGGUGAUCAGUGUGCCAUUUGUCGAAGUACCAAAGAUUAGAGGUGAGUUUUAGUACGGUACGACCAUGGAUCUGGUGCUAAGUGGAGCCGCGGGGAGUUUUCGGCCCGGUCUCUAAUUUUAUUUAAGAACGAAAAUGGACCAGUCGACCCAGGUCGAUUUCCCGAUCGUCGUUCGAAAGAUGAAAAGACACAACACCUCGGCGGAUCUCUAUGUGACGACGAGCAGAGGACACACCAAUUCAUGGAACCACUUGAGACCGGCGAUGUCUCGCCCCAAGUCCCUCACUUUCACCCCCGAAGCCAUCAACCCCAGAACAAAAAUCUACUACUGCUCAGACAGUCCUAUUUCGCGCCUCCCUCUUCCAGUGAGCGACCUCCACCUCGGCUCGAUCUCCAGAGAGAGGACGCCGCCGUUCUCCUGUAACUCGUCGGUGACGUCGGCGCCAGCGUACAAAGUUAACCACAUAACGGAGAAAAGUCCUGAUACGAUGACGUGUCUUCGUUGUACGGAAGAAAAUGGGGUUUGUAGGAGAAUUCCGAGUAACAGUGCGCAAGGACUGUCAUGGCGGCGUCUUCACAUGUCGAGGGCUAAAUUAAAAGCAACUGCUACGACUAGUGAGCUGCUGUCUGGGUUCGCCAUGGUAGCCAUGGUCGAACUUCAAAUUAACGAACCCACGAAUGUUCCAGAAUGGUUGUUUGUGAUGUUCGCUGUAUGUACGACCGUUCUAGUUGCCGUUCACAUUUUUGCUUUGAUGAUUUCGACGUAUAUUCUACCAAAUAUAGAUGCUAUAGCGAAGUUGGAGGUGUGCGAGAUGGUCGCUGAGAGUCCACAUGAGAGAAUGCGAGGGUUUAUAGAGUUAGCAUGGGCGUUUUCGACAGUAUUAGGGUUGUUUUUGUUCCUGGUGGAAGUAGCCAUACUUUGUUGGGUCAAAUUUUGGGACUACUCCUUCAAAGCAGCAACGGCCGCCACCAUCAUCGUAAUUCCCGUUUUGAUAACGUUCGUUCUUUUCGCCGUCCACUUUUACCAUUCUCUAGUGGUGUAUAAAUGCACCACGUCGGUAAACGACAUGGAAAAACUAGAACAUAUGAAAAAACAACUAGACGAAGUUACCAGUCCUGUGUAAACUCAGUGUGUUAAUAAAUUAAUAAAUUAAAACAAUUUGCUACGGCUGGGUCUAAUCGGACCUUGU